AUGACAGCCAUGAUGCAAUGGCAGGUUAACAAGCAGUUUAGGAAGGACCGUGAGGCUGCCAUGGCCAGAAUUCCAAAUCCGAAUGCUGUAGUCCAGCAGCUAGACAUUCCCUAUGGCCCCCCACCAGGAUUGGCAUGGCCAUAUCAAGAGAAUCCUCUUAUCGCACAGAUAGCUGGGAUACCAGAACAUGGGGAAAUUCAGGCUGGACAGAGGGGAAGAGCCCUUCCUGUCCAAGAAUGUCAGGCCCUAAUCCAACCAGAAGGCCUUGUACCAGGACAGAUUCAGCAGAACCGGCCAGAGCCUCAGCCUAGUCCACAACUCGUGGCCCCACAGGAUUCGCCUUUGGCACUUCUGCCUGAACCACCAACAGUGUUGCCCUACAGACCCGGAAGGAUGGAUCCCAAUCCAUUCCCUCCACCUGCAAGAGGAAGGAGAGGCAGAGGGGGAAACUACCCUUUUGCCAACAAUGACAGGAACAGGCUGGGGGCAAACUGGAGGAAUCACCCAGAUCUGGAAGAACAUGAAGAACAUAGGGAAGAAGUUCUGCCCAGGCCAUAUAGGGCGGAACCCAGGAUUGACUACGCCCAACCAGAACAGGGGCAAAAUCUCCUCCCUAUCAAUGCUUUAAAUGACGUGGGGGCAUUGCAAAGGAUGAUCAGAGAAAUGAUGGAGCCUGAAGCCAGAAGAGGAGAAAGGCCCACCUAUAGAAAGCCAUAUCCAGCUUACAUUGAUCAGAUACCCUUAUCCCCAAGUUUCAAAAUACCAAACUUCAUUUUGUUCAACGGAGAGGAUCCUCAUGCUUCAUCAGUUGAGCACAUAGGCAGAUUUUCUGUCCAGUGCAUAGCCAUAGAGAAUAACCCUCUGUUAAAGCUAAGGCUUUUUGGGAAUUCUCUCUCUGGACAAGCUUUCACUUGGUACACCAAUCUGCUAGCCAAUUCUAUUCAAACGUGGGAGCAGAUGGAAAGUGUUUUUCAUGACUACUAUUACAGGAUUCAGCCAGAAGUCACCAUCAGUGACCUUGCUGCCCUCAAGCAGAGUGAAGAUGAACCUGCUCAAGACUUUAUAACCAGUUUCAGAAAGCUCAAAAUGAAGUGCGAGAUCCCUAUGGAAGAAAGACACUUGAUCCAGAUGGCUCAGGUUGCCCUCAAAAUCUCUCUGAGAAAAAAAUUUGAUGGGAUGCUGUUUGGAGAUCUGGCAGAACUGGCAGAUAAAGCAUCCAAGUACGAGGAGCUGCUCAGGGAAGAACAGCAGAAGAGGAACUCUUCCAUACAUCUGAUUGAGGUAGAGUCAGAAGAAGAUGCAGAAGGCUCGGAGGAGAGAGAGAUUGCAGUGGCAGAAAUGGCAAAAUUAAAACACCCCAUUAGUUGUAAGGCUCUUACAAAGCCUCCAAGAGAUCAGAAGCCGCCACCAUUCAUAGGAGGAGAUGUUAUACAGGAAGGGAUAACAACAGGAAGGCUGAAGCUAGCGGAGAAACCUCCAUUUGUCACAACAGACCCUUUUCCCCAACCACAAGUCAACAUGGUCAACUUAAAUUGGUCAGAACAGAAGAGGAGCAGACCAGCAACAGAAGCCAACUCCAGCAGAGGCAGAAUAGCUUCAAGGGAGACUAUUCAAAGACCAAAGGCAACCAUCUCAGCUGGGGUAGUGCUCUGCAGCAAGUGCAAAUGUGAAGCUGAGCUAGAAGUGGUCCUGGACAGACAAAACUAG